CCCUGCGGCUUGUAUGGCUGCAUCUAUGAUUCAUGAAUACUGGUCGCGAUUCGAGUUGGUACUUCGUGGUUUGUUUAUAAUAUUAUCGAUUUACAUGGACUGUAAUUGACGCAAUUUAAUCAUUAAAUUUUAAUGUGAAUGUCAUUGUCCAUAGUAAAUUACUGUUGUAUGUUAUUUAACUGCUACGGGUGACAGGUCUGAUUUUCAACUCUUAAACGUGAAUUCGUCGAGUUUGUAACAAUUUUUUAUCGUUCCGAUUCACAACACUUCAAUUGCGUGGACGUCCAGUAGGUCCGAACGAAAUACAAUCAUGUUUACGAAAAUAAUGUCAAAUAAACGCAUCCCGUUGACACCAACGUCUAAGAAAAUGAUGCCGAGAAUGUACAAGACUACUGUCGCUCUGAAAACAUGGGGUCUGUCCGGAUUGUCUUUUGGUGUAACAAGUUUUGUACUGUUAUGUUAUAUGACGGAGUGGCGCACUGUGUUAAAGUAUUGUCCUUACUACAACAGUAAGUAUAACCAAUUGGAUAUUGAAGAUGAAUUGGAUAAAAUCCAAGCAACAGCGGAUACCAAAGAACGCACAGAAAAUUCUUUAAGAGAUUUUCAGCAUGAGAGAGAUGUAAAAUUUGAAAGUGAAAAAGAAAAAUAAUUCUUUAAAUAUGAAAAUCUUACAAUACAUUCAAGGAAAAAUAAAAAUGUG